CCGCAAAUCCGACCUCCCCCUCUCCGGCCCCAAGCAGGCGAUGGCGGGGGAGGAGGAGGGAAAGGAGAAGGCUGAGGAGGCCUUGAUGAGCGUGGCGGUCGUCGCCCCCGCCGACUCGUCCCCGGCCCACCGCGGCCGGCACCGGCUCCGCUGCCUGGCGGCCACCAGCAUCGUCUGCGGCUGCUCCUGCCUCGGAGUGGCGGCCCUCGUGUAUGCCGUCAAGUCUGAGGAGAAGCGCAAGGCCGGGCGGCUGGCCGAGGCCGCGCUGUGGGGCCGCAGAGCCCGGCGCCUGGCGCUCAUCAGCAUCGCGGUCUGGCUGGCCAUCCUGCUGUUGGGCCCGCUGUUGCUGUGGCUCCUCUCUUACGCCAUCGCCCAGGCUGAGUGACCCCUCCGACCUCCGGGCGUGAGCCGGCCCUUUCGGGGGAGCCCUCGGACGGGGCCCUGCCCGAGCGACUUCGCUCUGAUCCCGCCGGACGGGGAGGUUUUCGUCCCGGGGGCCCGAUGGGGUCGGAGUGGCUCCCCGAGGUGAAGUUCACUCGAUCACGGGAUGGGAAUCUUCCCCGCCCGCCAGCAGCCCACCAGUCGUGUCACCCCACCGGGACGGGGACAGGCCUCUGGGGCUGGAGAGGAACCUAAAACAGGAUGGGAGACCUCGUCUGUCCACCUUCGCCGUCCGGGCCCCGGUGGCUCCGUGACCCCAGAGCCGUGGCCCUGAUUCUGGAUCUAUCGAUCCAUCCAUCCGUGGAUUGAUUGACAAUGUCAGAACUACUUUUGGAAUAAAAGU